GAUCUUUUGGAGCAUGAAAGACCAAAGUUCUUCUUCUCGCCCCUCUUGUCAAGCUCAUUAUUAGCCUCAGGAGUCUUUCGGUGUCCAGAAUUAAAACGCCUUCAGCCCUGAAGAAAGCACUAUUCCAUUUUCAAUCAAUUGCUUCUCCUUCCACCUGCGCUACCAUCAUCGACUCCUACAGUACAACAUCAGCCCCCAAUAAUAAAUUCUAUUGCUCACUCCUCCAUAUCUCAAUCUUUCAGCUCCUACUUCUACACCAUCCAGAUUUAUCAUUCCCUCCGAUUCCUACCUUCGCAACCCGGUGCGCAGGCUGCCCUCUCUGUGUCGCUGUUUGCCUCUCGCCGUGCGUGCCACCUUGACGUCCGUCACGACUUUCCUCCCACGACUCUACGUUUGACACGCCUCUCUGUCUCUGUGCGGACUUUGCUAUCCUUGGAUCUUAGCUCUAUUAAUUGCUCCUGGUGUGGGCCUCCAAUUGCGCUGUCCUUGACGGUCGCAGCGUCUCAAGACAAAACCUUGCGCUCGAAGCGCAGCCAAUUCUCAUAAUGGAUGGGCCGUUGGCGAAGGCGGUGGUGGACAAGAAGCCAGUCCCAGAGAUUGAUUUCACCUUGCAUAUCAUGGAAGAUGGCUCACAGGUGAGCACUCAAGAGAGAGUCUGCAAGGAUGUCCAAGCCCCCGCCAUGCAAGUUCCUACCAACGAACAAUUCUGGUCGCCUACCGAUUCAUCGAAACCCAAUCUCGCUUUUCUCAAACAACAUUUCUAUCGCGAAGGACGUUUGACGGAAGAGCAAGCACUAUGGAUCAUCAGUGAAGGCGCCAAAGUACUGAAGGCCGAACCCAACUUGUUGGAGAUGGACGCCCCUAUCACCGUCUGUGGGGAUGUCCACGGCCAGUAUUUCGACCUGAUGAAGUUGUUCGAGGUUGGAGGGGAUCCAUCUGAAACCCGUUAUCUGUUUUUGGGCGACUACGUUGAUCGAGGCUACUUCAGUAUCGAGUGUGUUCUCUAUCUGUGGGCGCUGAAGAUUUGGUAUCCCGAUACUCUGUGGCUGCUGCGCGGCAAUCAUGAGUGUCGACAUCUCACAGACUACUUCACAUUCAAGCUCGAGUGCAAACACAAAUACUCAGAGAAGAUCUACGAUGCCUGCAUGGACUCUUUCUGCGCCCUGCCAUUGGCUGCGGUUAUGAACAAGCAGUUUCUGUGUAUCCAUGGUGGCCUCAGCCCGGAGUUACAUACCUUGGAUGACAUCAAAAGGAUUGACCGCUUUCGAGAACCUCCUACACACGGUCUCAUGUGCGACAUUCUGUGGGCUGAUCCUCUAGAGGAAUUUGGACAAGAAAAGACCGGGGAAUACUACGUUCACAACCAUGUUCGAGGCUGCUCGUACUUCUUCUCAUACCCCGCCGCGUGCAAUUUCCUGGAAAAGAACAAUCUGCUUUCCAUCAUCAGAGCCCACGAAGCUCAAGACGCUGGCUAUCGCAUGUAUCGCAAGACCCGGACCACAGGCUUCCCUAGCGUCAUGACCAUUUUCAGCGCGCCCAAUUAUCUCGACGUGUAUAACAAUAAGGCUGCGGUGCUCAAGUAUGAGAACAACGUAAUGAACAUUCGACAGUUCAACUGCACCCCUCAUCCAUAUUGGCUCCCCAAUUUCAUGGACGUCUUUACCUGGUCACUACCUUUCGUGGGCGAGAAAAUCACCGACAUGCUCAUCGCUAUCCUCAACACCUGCUCCAAGGAAGAACUCGAAGAAGACACGCCGAGCGCAAGCAUUACCGCUGAAACACCUCCACUCAGUGAAGCCGAAUCUAUCGAAGCGAAACGCCGUGCCAUCAAAAACAAGAUUUUAGCUAUUGGUAGACUUUCCCGAGUUUUCCAGGUGCUGAGAGAAGAAUCGGAGCGUGUUACUGAGUUGAAGACGCAAUCUGGAGGUCGUCUACCGGCCGGCACCCUGAUGCUCGGCGCGGAAGGCAUAAAACAGGCCAUCCACAAUUUUGAAGAUGCCCGAAAAGUAGACAUUCAAAACGAACGCCUCCCCCCAUCACCCGAGGAGAUUGAGAAGCGAAGUGCAGAGGACAGGAGGGUUGCGCUCGAAAGAGCCGCUACCGAAGCCGAAAAUGAUGCCCAACUGCAGGGCGUAGCACGACGAAUCAGUUUUGGCUCAGGUAAUCCACGUGGCCAUCGCAGGAAGGAAUAGACUGUUGCCUGGUCCUCGGCGGUCUCUUUGACGCAUGUGGACAAAUCAUCCUAUUGGAACGACAGUACUAGUCACCGGCUUCAUCACAAAGGGACAGGGACGACUUGCUGUGACAGACCGAGUGGUCAGCAGCUAUUGAUGACGCUGGUCUGAUAUGCAUGACAGAGGAAACAAAAGUGGAUCGAAGGUCGUCAUGAAGCUCUAGACUAUACAGCUGCUUGGCAGACAUUGCUUGUUCAAUGUUUGGCAUAAUCAUGAGGUUAGGCAGAUUUGCAUUGUCGAGGCCACCUCUAACCAUCUAGUUGCACCCACCAAGGAAGGGACCAACGUCGUAAGCAGAGAAUAUAAACACGAGGAAAC